AUGGAACUCAAGCUCCUCGCCUCCAUGGCCCGAGGCCAACCAGGUAUUCUGCAUCACUGCACCGACACCCUCGUCGCAUUCGAAUAUACCCGCAGCCACGUCCCAAAACCACACACCCUAAUCUUCGUCGGCGGUCUCGGCGACAGCCUAGGCUCAGUCGACUACCUCAACGAUGUAAUCCGCGCCCUAGACCCAACCCAAUGGAGCGUCUUCUCCCUAAUCCUCUCCUGUGCCGGUGGCGGCUGGGGUAUGGGCCGACUAGGCAAAGACAUCGACGAACUAUCCCAAUGUGUCUCCUACGUCCGCGACUACAAAACCCCGCAAUUCGGCACCGGCAAAGUCGUCAUCAUGGGCCAUUCAACAGGCAGCCAAGACGUAAUGCACUACAUCAAUUGUCCAAACCCACGCCCCGCACACCCGGUCUUCGACCGGAACUGGAAGCCCAUUGUUCGCGUCCCCGUCGACGGCGCAAUCAUGCAAGCGCCCGUUUCCGAUCGCGAGGGCAUUCUUUGGGUUGUGAAGUGCGGUACUGCUCGCGAUAGUCCCGCGAAAAUGCGCGCUAUUUAUAAUAAGGCUGUUGCGGAUGCGCGAAGGGCUACUUAUGAUGAUCAUGAUUCUGUUGAUACUGUUGUGCCGCUUUCUGUGACUUCGAGGAUUGGGUACCCGCCUUCUGCGCCGUUGCUUGUGCUUUACUCUGGGCGUGAUCAGUCGGUGCCUCCUUGGGUUAAUAAGGAGGCUUUGUUGAAAAGGUGGCAGACUGCUGCUGAUGGAGAUGGUCGGCAGAUUUGGGAUACGAGGAGUAUGGUCAUUCCCAAUGCAUCGCAUGCUUUGAGUGAUAGUGAUCAGGCUGAGCCGAGGCGUAUCUUGGUGGAGAGGGUCACUGCGUACUUGAAUGAUAUUCAGCGCGGGUGA